AUGAGGCCCCUUAGUCACAUGCUCACCAAUGCCUUCAUCAUCCUUGGCCUGGUCGUAACUCAAGUUAGCAGUGCAGCCUACAUGGUGUACUUGAGCCCCUUUCUUUCCAUUGGCAUGAAUCCUUUGUUCUUUGUCAUUUUGGUGAACUUUUUCAUGUUUGAAAUUAUGCUUCCAUUCGCGGUCAUAUUCGAAAGGAGCAAAUGGCCGGCUCGACUAAGUUGGAAAUUGAUAAUCCAAAUCAGUUCGAUUGCUCUUUUAGGGGCAACAUUAUAUCAAGUUAUGGUGAUAACGGGAAUGAAGAUCACAUCUCCUGCCAUUGCUUCUGCCAUGCCUAAUCUUGCCCCUGGAAUCAUCUUCAUAGUAGCAGUGUCUUUAAGGUUCGAGAGGUUCGAUAUCAAUUGCUGGUUCACCAGAUUGAAGAUCCUAGGAAACAUAGUGUGCAUUGGUGGAGCAGUGGCCUUCAGCAUCUACCAAAAUCCUUCAUCUCCACCUGCCAACUCUGUCGAUAGCGGCAUCUUUGGUGGUUGGUUCAUCGGUUGCAUAUGCCUUUUUGGGGCUGUCCUGAUGAACUCCUUCGCGACAAUUAUGCAGGCUGCAACAUUGAUGGAGUUUCCCGCUCCCUUAAGCUUGUGUGCCUUUGCAUCCUUGUUGGGGACAAUUUUUACAGCGAUAGCACAGUUACUGAUUGACGGGAAGAUCGACGUUGGCACUUCAACCAUGAACUUAUGGGAUGCCAUCCGUGUUGCUCUAUUGAGUGGCGUAGUGAACUCUGCUGGCCUUGGAUUCAUUACAUGGUCUGUGAAGGAAAAGGGGCCGGUUUUCGUCUGCAUGUUUAACCCAGUUCAAACCGUCGCUUCUGCCAUUCUAACGGCAGUAGUUUUAGGCCAGUCGAUCGGACUAAAAAGCAUUGUUGCUAUGUUCCUCAUGUUCUGUGGACUCUAUGAGGUGCUCUGGGCCAAGACAAAAGAAGAAGCUGCUUUCCCACAAACUACUGAAGACAUUCAAGAACCUUUGCUACCAUGA